UCUGACGCGCUGUGCUGGGGGCGUGUCCGUGCUGCCAGCUGAGUUUAUUUAGCCCAACAAUAUCCUGCUAUCAACUUUACAGGGAAGCUGUCUCCUUACGUUGACCGAAGAUGAAUUUUGCCAAAAAGUUUCUCAGUGGCGUCAUUGAUGUUGUCAGCAACAUCGACCCAGCCCAGUUCAUCCCCUCUGAACCUCCUCCCCCCCGCAGGCCUGCUGUAUAUGCAGAGCAGCACGAGAACGAUGAGGAGAAGCAGUUCCGCCGAGUCUUCCAGCAGCUUGCUGGAGAAGACAUGGAAGUAAGCCCAUGUGAGCUGAUGAACAUCAUGAACAGAAUCAUUUCAAAACAUGGAGACCUGAAGACGGAUGGUUUCAGUAUUGAGUCGUGUAGAAGCAUGGUGGCCGUCAUGGAUAGUGACAGCACUGGAAAACUCGGCUUUCAUGAAUUCAAACACCUCUGGAACAAUGUCAAGAAAUGGCAGGGCGUGUACAAGUCCUAUGACGCAGAUGGCUCCGGUGUCAUCGGUGCAGAUGAGUUGCCCAGCGCUUUCACAGCUGCAGGCUUCCCCCUCAACGACUACCUGUUCAACAUGAUCAUUCGCAGAUACAGCGAUGAAGGUGGGAACAUGGAUUUUGACAACUACAUUGGCUGCCUUGUGAGGCUGGAUGCCAUGUGCCGUGCCUUCAAAACCCUGGAUAAAGAUAACAGUGGGACAAUCAAAGUCAAUGUUCAAGAGUGGCUUCAGUUGACCAUGUACUCUUGAGUCCAGAUGCCGCUCUCCUGCUUGUUUUAUGGAACCACUUUUUUUUCCUUCUACACAGUACAACACAUUUUCGAAACCAUCCCUACUAACCUGUUUUUUUUCUUUCUCAGAAACCCCCCCCCCCCUGCACAGGUGUCCUUUGAAUGUUAAUGGCAUGCAAGUGUUGUGUUCACUGUCCCAUUAUACAUUCAAAAGACAGAAUUUGCCAGUAUUUGUAUUGUUACUGCAACCGAGAGUUGGUAUUAGUUUUACAUAGUGUAUGUUAUGCUGCGUUCCACUGCGUGCUAUGGCUCAACUUGCUCGGUUUUGGUUUUCCAUUUUGAUCAGCAGUGGAUAGUACCUGGUUCAUGGUAUUUCUUUUUAUCAGCACCUCAGCCAAGAUUCCAAGCGGUGUUAAAAUGCUGCAGACCACUUAUCUGUCAGGGAGAAUCAUCAAAGGUGCAUCGUGUCCUUUACAAUUGGCAUAGUGUAGACGGUCCUCUGUGCGGUUGCUGUUGAAAGGAUUGUUGUAGCCGUUCCAUACAGUAGGAACGCAGCUUUAAAAGGAUCUGUAACACUCGUUUUAUUUUGAGCCUGUCAAAUGCUAAAUUGCUGGGAUAAAAUGGCCUUGCAUCCUAAGCUGUGACUUAUUUGGCCAUGUUUUUUGUUUCAACGACCACCUACAAAGAAGUUUCCAUCUUUCCCAGAUAAUAUCCCUGUAAGAACAGUCUGGGUGUGUAUAGACUGCUCAAUUGGCAUCUUCAUCUCUGCUGUUUUUUUUACACUUAGCGUUAAUAUCACUGCAUGAAGCUUUGUGACGUCAGAGACAAUUCUAAGAAAAAGCUCCAACCAAUUUCACCCAGAACAGAGGACUACCCAACCCUUCACACUAAGUGAAAACAUCUGUGAGGAUGUGCAGGGCCUUUAAGUUUAUUAUGGCAAACCAUAAAUCAUUCAGAGCUGCAAACGACUACUAGCUAUGUAAAGAUAGUGUAUAGUUUUGUCUACCUGGGCAGAGAAUGAGGUCACUCCACUCAGUGUUGAAAUCCUAGUGUCUCUGUGCUUUGUUUACUGAGUUAGUUUCCGCAUGCAUGCAAGUCUCUGUGUUCACUGGCUAGCUAAUGUCUGCCGCUGUGCAAUGUGCUAACACAGCACUUGUAGCUCAUGACACCUCUGCUAACACCUAUAAUGCCACUUAAAGUUCAAACAGGGAAUAAACCUAUGUUCAGUUAUUGUGGCUGAGUAGACCUCUAAACAGGUUGAAGUAGGAUGGAGCUAUUCUGAGAAUCACUUGAGGUCACCAACUCCCAUUUACUCAUAAAGAUCAUAGGGUGCAGUUGUCCCUUUCUAAUUGGAGCAACAACACAGGAGUGUAUAGAAAUGGCCGUCAGUCCAACUGUUUAUUAGACCACAAUGAAAUGAUCUUUGUGAAACCAGCCCCAACCCCAUUGACAGGAGAUUCUUCUUCAAAAACAACAAUAUGAGACAAAAUCAAACAACUUAAGGUUGAUAUGUGAAGUAUGGUACUCUUGCACGGCAGCCUAAUUCAAACAGAUCAGGGUUUUAUAAUUUGUACACUCACACAUGGGUCAGGGACCUUUAGUAAUUUGUAACAACAACUCAAGAGACAAUGUUUUGUUGGGCAAUUCAUAUUUAAAAUGUAAUGUGUAAUGCUGGUAGUACAACUUGGCCAUGGCUUUCUCUAUGGUCCACUAACUAUUAGUUAUCACUGUACUGUGUACUUAUUCAAAUUGCCUGCACCAAAUAAUACCAGCACAAUCUGUAAAUUAAAAUAAAAAAAUAAAAAAAUAUAUAUCAUGUUUAUGCCUCUAAUGCAUGCAGCCAAUAGCAAAGAUGCCAAUAUUAAAUGUUUUUAAACAUGUAGUUAGCCACAGUCAUUAAACUGUUAUUAAUAAUGCUUUGUGAAAUAAAUCUCUGCCAUAUUUGGAAUAAUGGUAUGUUGAA